UUAUGAGAGUACGUGCAAAUGUUUAUCAUGUGGUUGUUGCCUAAAAUUCCCUGAAGUUGCCUUCUUUUCACACCCUUCUGAAUGGACAUAAUCCGUAAACGCUAUGGGAAACAAGCAAACUUCCCAACCAGAGCCAGUCAAGUUAUCACCACACAACGAAAGCCUUUCGAAGCUAUUUGAGGAACUUGCUGAAGUUAAAGAUGAAGUAUCCUCCAUAAGAAAAGAAGUAUUUCAGAACUACUUCAGAUCUGAAGUAAAUGAAUUUGAUGAGCCACUUUUUUUGCAUGUAGCAUUAAGUGGAGGAUGUAACAGGAGUGCAGUGCAACUAACAAGAGAUGAGUUUGUCAAUGGAUUUGGAGUGUUCUUAGAUGAAGGAGCAACAUCUGCUGGAAGGUUAGAAUUAUACUUUGCAAUGUUUAGUGAUGGACAUGCAACAAUGUCAUUUACAGAUCUGGUAGAGAUGUUCCACAUCUCACGAUCUCUAGCUGUUGUUGUUGCUGGUACUGCCCUGCAGGGUGCUAAGCCUGAAUCACCGACAAUAGCAGAUGUGUGGGCAAGGUCUAUUAUGGGUGAUGAUGACAAUACUCAGGUAGACUGUCAAACAUUCUGUAGCUGGGCAAAACAAAACUGCCCAAGAGUGUUUGAUGGAAUUCACUGCUGGAUGAGAAAAAUGCUCCUACACAGAGGAAGUUCAACAGCAUUGAUCACUUCAGAGGGAUUUCCAGCAAUACCAUUCAUCUUAGAUCCCAUACACAGCCAUUCAUUAUUAAAUACAGAAACCCUGUGGAUUCUCUCGACCAUCCUGCCACCUUGUUUCAUCAGAGUUACCCUUCCAACAUUCAACACAGGCAGUCUCCAAUCAGAAGUCGUAGAAGAGAGAAUUGCAAAACCUGUAGAGAAAUGUAAAGAAUGGACCCUGCUCUAUGACAGUCUUGAACAUGGCCAGAGUUUAAACAGGUUCAAGCAUCACUGCAUGGGUUACCGUGGACCUACUGUCGCUCUGUUAAAAGUUGGAAAAGAAGGAUUACUCAUUGCAGCUAUUGAUGUUGAAUGGAGAGAAUCAUCUUCAAGCUGGGGAAACUCUGAUUGUAGAAUUAUUCAAGUGAGACCCAAGUUUCGGGUGUUAAGAGCUGGUCCAAACUUGAUCUUCUUUAACGAGAGGGCUAGAGGUCUACCAUCCGGGAUAGUGUUGGGUCAGACUUCAAGGCCUUGUGUCACACUGGAUGCUGAUUUAAGAGCAGCUAAACUUCAUUAUCACUUGGAUUUGACGCCACAGAUCAUCAACAAAAUAGAGGUUUGGGGAUGUGGAGGACAGGAAGUGAAGGCAAAACAGCAAAAACAACAACAAUGGGAACGAAAACAGGCAGAAAAACUUCAAAAGGUAAAGCGGCCAGGGCGUUGGGAUGACAACCCAGACAAAGCUAUUCUGGACAUGGCCGGUGUCACUACAAACCACAGUCAACGAUAAAACAGACGGGAUGCAUCCAUGAUAUUUCAUCAACAUAUCGCUGAAGAUAUAAUCGUUAUUCCAUCGGUGCUCUUCAGGGUUACUCCCACUGGGAAAGAACUUAUACGCUCCAGAGAAUUUUCGCAGGGAGGAAUGCGAUUUGAAUAUCACAGAGGAGACACAAAAAUAGUGGCUCUGCCCUAAAACGAUUCAAACAGCAACACAGGCAAAGCUCUUUGUGAAACUUAAAUGAAAUACUUGAAAUAAUGAGGGGUUCCUUGGUAGUAUUUCCGAGUGCACUUAUUUUCUACUGAUCCCAGGGAAAGCGUUCUCCACUAAGUGUGGGGUAAAAUUAUAAUUAUAUAUACUGGCUGGAUAUUGGUGAAGUCCUAUUUGUAGUGUUUUCGUUUCAUUUAAAGUUGAAAUAAAAGAACGUGACCAUUAUCCAGCCAGUAUGAUUGAACAAGUUUGGUCAGUUUUGUAUUGUUUAAUUAUUCUUCUUUUCGGGUUCAAAGCGGGCUGUUCCGAGCGGAAAGGGAAGGCAUCUUGUCCGCACGGUAGUCAACUGAGAAAAAAAGCCCCGCUUCGCUGUAUCGUCAAAAGAUUUAGUAGGUUACAAUGUAUUGUAGAAUUUCUCGUAAUAAUGUAGUAAUCAAAUGAUUCGAUAAAGAGAACCAUUUUCACGAUCGCAUUAUGGCAUCAGAAGAUUUUUCAAAGAUUUUAUGCCUUUAAAAUAUUACGUUUAGUUAUUUAUUUACCUCAGAUAACUGACAUUUAAAAUUGGCUAUUUGUAAAGCAACGAUAAAUUUACAUACAAAUUUUUGGAGAGGAAAAGGAAUUCGAAGAAUCAUUAGCAUGUAUCUGUCGCUUAAAUAAAUGAUUAUUUUUUAACGAAAUUGA